UUAAAUAAGUUUAUAUGUCAUUGUCAAACAAAACAUAUUGAUCAAUAAAAUAAAUAUAUUUAAUAAUUAUAUUUAAUAAUAUAACAAUGAAGUAUUUUAAUUAUUUAUUACUACUAUUGACAUAUUUUUACAUAAAAUGUGAUGCCAUCGACUCAGUCAAUCCGAUUCAAUUGAGACACGAUUUGGAUUUAUUGAAAAUUACAGUACAGUUUGAGUUAAAUAUGUUGAGAGCUCAGUGUCAUCAGGAGCUCAACAAAACAAUGGUCGGUAUGAACAAUGAUAUCGAUUCAUUGGUCAACCUGUUGUCACAUAUUGAUCCCAAAACACCCGACGGUAAAUUGCAAUUACAAAAUUUGGAAAGUGCACGGUUAGGAUUGAUACCCAAAAUUGAGGCUGAAUUGCUAAUUGUCCAUGAUAAAAUUGCUAAAAUGCAACAAUCAAUUAGUAUGCAAUUGGCUUUGGAUGUAACACAACUAGAAACCGAUUUGUUAGCAUUGGAACAAAAAGUCAAAACUGCCGAUAUUAGUAAAUUGGUACUGGUUAGUUUACCUGUUUUGGCCAUGCUCAAACAAAAUGUUACCCAAUAUAUUCAACAAGUUGGCAUUGAGUUACAAAAGUUGCCAUGAUAAUAUAAAAAUAUUACAGUAUUGAUUUAAAAUAUUUU